CUCUCUCCUUGUCCACCAAAAUUUAUUUUAAUUUCAGUUCCGUGGUUGAUGCUUACAAACUUUGCUUUUGGCUGCGCAUAUGUUUUAACGUUGGAUCUGUGUCUCUGGACUACGCGUUGUCGUGGAUGGUAACUCACAUAAUCGAAUGAUGUCAUCACUCUUAAACUUGUGUGGUAAGACUUAUGUUAAGAUUAAGAUUUUCCUCUUCCAAGAACAGUUUCCACUAGGCUAGUUAGGCGUGUGUUUUGGGGACCCAAAUUAGAGAGUAUUGUCUUUACAACGUGACCUUCAUAAAUGGAAGGACACUCCUUACCCAGAAACUGCAUGGUCCACUGUGGCACAGUUUUUUAGCUAAACAAAAAUCUACACACCUUACCGUCCUUCCGACACCACUUUCUUCCUUAAUAACUGCGAAAACAUCGAUAACUUUCAACCACCACCGAAAAGUUAGGGGCUUUGGUUUUGGUUUUUACUUCUCCUCGCUUCUUAGUUCUACUGCUGGCUUCCUAUGAAGAUGUGAGAUUGAUUCCCUUGUAAAGGGGUCAUGUCUUUCGGUGGGUUGAGUGUUGCUUUGAGUCUUGUGUUUGGGUGUCUUCUUCUGCUGGCUCUGUGUGCUCAGCUUUACUAUUUCUUAUGGUGGAAGAAGAGAAGGGUGCAGAUGGAUAUUGGGAUGGAUCAUGGCGAUUAUGCAAAAGGGGUGUUUUAUUGGGGGUGUUGGAAGACCCCUUGCAGCAUGCAUGGUGGAAACGCUGGAGGGGUUGUGAGUAGGGACAUAGAGAGCACAAUUCGUGAACCAGAGAUGGAGCUGGAUUUGCUGCACAAGUCCUUUGGAGAAGAGGGUGUGGAGUCAGAGUUGAUGAGGCUGCACAAUUUAGCCGGUCCACCGAGGUUCCUCUUCCCCAUCAAGGAGGAAACAAAGGAAGAUUUGGAAUCUGAAGAUGGUAAAUCCAGGGGUGAUAGAAGCAGAAAGGGAUCAAGAACAAGGAGCCUCAGUGAUAUUAUGCUGACAAUCGACACCCCUUUUCUCACCCCCGUGGCUUCCUCUCCUCUGAAGUGUCCUUUGGCUCUGGACCCUCUUCAUUCUUACAAGCAUCAAGGAUUCAAUCCUCUCUUUGAAUCUUCGGCUGAAUUAGAUUACAACAGAUUUAGAUCCUCGCCGCCUCCGAAAUUCAAGUUCUUGAGGGACGCAGAAGAGAAAUUGCAAAGAAGAUUGAUGGAAGAGGCUCGGAGAAAGGCUGCAGAGAAUGUACAAGAAUCUGCGGUUAAAGAUUCUUCCCCUAAUGAAACCAUGGGCGCAGAUUUUAGAGAUGGCUCCUUUCUUAAGUUCAUUCAGAACAAAGACACAACAGAACGCAACAAACAGCUUCAGCAAUAUCUACCACAGUUUCCUUCAGGUUCAUCUCAGAUUCUCCCGUUGGCAUCUUCUCCUACAACAUUGAGACCACUCGAGAAGGCAUCCAUUGUGCAUUAGUUUUAGUUCCACACAACUAGGCUUCUGUUUUUUUUUUUUUUUCCUUUACCAUAUUAUGUUACAUUAAUUUUUCUAAAUGACUUCUAAUUUUGAAAUUUUUACAAGCUUUUUGAGAACUGGUAAAGUCCCUUUUUGGUUUGGA